AUGACGGAGCAGUCGUCUGCUUCAUAUCUACCAGUAUCGUCAGCAGACAUCCCCUCUCCAGCCGAGGAUGUAUCUACACCAUCUACGAGUUCGCAAGGUGAAACUGCGACCGGCGAAGUAGCUAGUAGUGGUAGUGGUGGCGGUGGUAAUGGUUUCAGCAGCAACGAGAGUCCGCCACCUUCAUAUGCUUCGCAUUUCUUUACCGAGAUCCAGAGUUCAGCUCCCAUACGAUAUCUCGGAAACUUGCUUGAUCCCGAGGCCGAUGAAGAUGAAAUUGAGCAAAUUGAGCAGUUCAAAUACAAGCAAGACUUGGAGCGGAAACUUACCGUCAGCUCGGUGAUUGGAUUGGGGUUUUCAGUCAUGGGAGUGCCCUUUGGGCUAUCUUCGACAUUGUGGAUUGCCUUGAUGGACGGUGCUAAUGUGACCAUAUUGUACGGAUGGCUCAUUGUUUGCUUCAUGUCGCUCUUUGUCGUGCUCAGCUUGAGUGAGAUUAUCUCCAAGUACCCCACUGCAGGCGGAGUUUACCAUUUCAGUGCUUUGUUGAGCAGUGAGAAAUAUGCAUUGAUCAGCUCGUGGAUCACGGGGUGGAUGUUGCUUAUCGGCAACUGGACCUAUGCCAUCAGCAUCAUGUUUUCCGGGUCCCAAUUCGUCUUGUCGAUUUUCGGGUUGAAGGACUUUGAGUAUAAGGAAGACAGAUUUUACGUGCUUGGGGUGUUUUUUCUCAUUUUGGCCUUGGUGGGGUUUGUCAAUUUCAAGUUUUCCCGUCAUUUGGAAAAGAUCAACAAGGCGUGCAUUUUAUGGACCAUAUAUACGGUGUUGGCAAUCGACGUGUUGCUCAUCUUUUUUGCCAAGAGGACCAAUUCGAUCAAACACAUCUUGACCACGUUUGACAACCUGCGAUCGGGUUGGCCCGAUCCAAUUGCAUUCAUAGUGGGGCUACAGAGCUCGUCGUUUACAUUAACAGGGUACGGGAUGUUGUUUUCAAUCACGGACGAAGUCAAGAACCCCGAGAGGAACAUGCCCAAAGGUGUGAUUAGCGCGAUCUUGAUGGCUACUGCUACAGGUAUCAUUUUCAUCAUCCCCAUCUUGACGAUAUUACCCGAGUUGGAGCUCCUACUAGAUCAAAACUCAAACAUCAUGCCCAUUGACUUGGUGUUCAAGUUGUCUACUGAGUCGUAUAUAGUCAGCUUUCUUAUGGCGUGCUUGAUGAUUGGAACCGUGAUUUUCCAGAGCAUCGGUUCGUUAACAACGGCAUCGAGAGCAACUUACGCGUUGGCGCGUGAUGGCGGAUUGCCCAUGGCCAACAUUUGGACCGAGGUGAACUCCAUUGAGGAGUACACGAUUCCAAGAAACGCCUUGUUCUUGUCAAUGUCCGUGUGCGCCUUGUUGUCGCUCCUAUCGCUCAUUUCCAAGUCGGCGUUCAAUGCCUUUAUGGGCGCGGCGGUGGUGUCAUUGGCGGUUGCCAACGGGAUUCCAAUUUUUUUGCUCAUGUUGAACAAGAGACGGAAAAUCAAAGGGGCAGCUUUUAAAUUAAAGAGACUAGGGUGGGUCGUUAACGGGAUCGCGGUUAGUUGGAUCAUCCUUUCCAUCUUUAUCUUGUGCAUGCCACCGGUAAUUAAGAACUUGACGUGGGUGAAGAUGAACUAUGCCAGCGUUGUCUUGUUGCUCUUUUUGGGCUUUGCCAUUCUCAGUUAUAUGACGUGGGGCAAGACCAGUUUCACGGGCCCACAAAUCGACACUGGUUAUUUCGAGUUGCACAACCUAGAGUCUCCGGGACGCAAGAACAUGGACACAUUUGGCCCCGUCGACAACGACGGGGACGGAAGUGGAGGGCUUUCGAGCCCUCCUUUCGUCGAUCCGGAUUUGGUGCAAUCUCCAGGCACUACCCAUAAAAAGAGUUAUCAACCCGUUGAUGGCAACUCUGAAGAAGCCGAGGGCCCACGCUACGUUAAACCCAAACAACUGUCAAAUAGUGAUCUUGGGCGAGGAUCCGGGUCCGGGAAUGAAAUACUUUACAACGCAGCAGCAGCAGCAGCCAGCGACGCCAGCUUAACCAUUUGA